AGUUUUAUGCGCUAGUGGUGGCCUCAGAGUGACGUCGAUGUGCCCUUGCUGCGACGUCAGUUCUACCGGCAACGUCACGAAGUGAAGCCACGGGUUGAGAAGCUCCCCAGCAAAUCCUGCCCUCCGGGACACUCAGUCAUUGCCAAUCAGGACUCAGGAAGGGGCCUCUACAUUUGGUGACCCGGACAUCGAACACCACAUUCUGCCUUAGCCUUGAGAAUGUUGCACUUCAUCUGGUCUGGUGGAAUGGGCUUCAGCACGGCACUUGUCUUCAUCUGAUUGUUCUUGAUGGCACACGAGGAAGAACUGCCCUCCUUCGCACCUGUUGUAGCACAGCUGCUGUCCAAGGCUUUCAGUUUCUCUAUCAAGCCCGUGAGAUCAUUCUUGUAGUCCGAUGCAUUGCUCGUCUCCUUGGAGAGGGAGCGAAUGAGUGUGUCCAGACGAUCCUCCGGGGACCCAGUUGAGGCAGGGCUUGCUGCCCGGGCGGGUUCCGGGGCUCUGCAUUGUUGGAGAGCAACAACAGUGAGAAGAAGAAGACAGUUGCCGACCUCCCAGCUCGGCCAAAUAGGUGUCGAAGCGAUUAUUCCUGACCAAUGGAUGCCGGUCGAUAUGAAUAAUUUUUCGUAGAUACUUGUCCAUCGACAAAAGAUGUCAGGGGUUCCCAAGCCCCUAGGGCUGGAUUUAAAAUCCACCGACAAAGGGGAGCAACCGAUCGACUUAGCACCCCGUGCAGCUCAUAUGAGCAAGCCCAUCGGCGCGACCCACAGCCUGCGGGGACCCCAAAUAGAUGUCACAAAAUCCGCUUUCUCGGCGGUGAACCUGAGAAUGCCAGGAGGUCCCAGGCCCGUACUACAGUCUCCAGUCACCGUGGCGUCGGGGCAGCAGUUUUCAAUGAAGCCAGCUGGCAACCCUGCAGGUUCUUCUGCUGCCCAGCUGUCAGCCCUGAGGCACAUGGCCACGACCACAGCUCACUCCUCCCAGGGCUCCAUGGCAUCCAUCAUUCGUGGCGGCGCACACAGUAUGGCUACCUCCCAGAUGGGCCACCAGGCGGCGUACUCCUCCCACGUGCCGCGUGGCCCGGCAGCCGUGGCUAGUAUUAGCACUGCACCAAAAUCUGCUCUGGCAACCCCGAUGCUGAGGUCUUCUGUGAACCCCACAAGCAUGACUUCGCACAUACCAGUGGGGGCCAGAGCCUCUGCACUGGUGCCCACGAGGCCGUCCUUCACGCCCCUGCCGAGGUCCUCCCCGUCUGUGAUGGACCUGCAAAAAUCGGCCCAUAGCGGAGGAGCUGUCCAGCUGGGACUGUCCUCCAGUCGGGACGGUCGAACCUCUCUGGGCCACACUGCCAUCUGCAAACCCCUGCACAUGUCGCAGCCCAUCGUUCACAGCCUGCACCAGGCACCCGACAAAUCGUUCAAGUGUAUCACAACCAGCAGUUCUGCUCUGGAGUUCUCUUCCCAUGGCAUCUCGUCCACGUCCUCCAUUGCUCCCACUCCGGCAACUACGGUUGUCACUCCGCAUCCGCAGAUUGUAUCCCACCCUGGACCAGUAAGACAGACGAACCUGACGACCAUGUCGUUAGUGACGCUUGCACCUGCGUUGCCAUCCCAGGUGUCACCUCAGAUGGUGAGUCAACCGCUGCACACCCUGUCGUCCCCCUCGUCUCUGGCAACCACAGUUCCCUCUCUCUUCACGGUGGUGCCCAGCAAGGCGCCCACGGCACACGUCGUAUCCACGCACGGUACCACGCUGGCCACUGCGCUAGUAGUGGGACAGAACCGUGUUGGUGUGACAUCAACACCAAGCAUGACAACCAGUGGGCCAAAUUCAUCCUUGGCAGCAGCCGUGCAGGCCAACCUGGUUUCCAGGCCCAUUACGACCACGGUCUCCAUUCAUCCUCCAUCCGUUACCGUGCCAACCACUAAGUUAUUCGGACAGACCUUGACAGUGCCCGGAGGCCACACACCCUCGCACCUGGAGUCAUCAGGGUCAACGGAACCCCCAAGUAGCGGACUCUUUGUGGCUCAGCCUUCGAGUCGCACCCUCGCUGCACCCCCAUCCACCACCUCCCCUCUUCCCGCCACCAUGGUGCUGUCGGACAGUCGGGCCGACAGGGGCGGUUUGUCCCAGCUGUCGGGAACCUCUUACGCGGUGCCCACUGCCUACGUGUACGAAUCUUACCCCAUCCAGGGAGCCAUAGCCGUGCACCCGUACGCCACGUCGGCCCCCGGUAUGCCGCCGAUGUUCCCCACCACAACCAUCAGGCCAGCACGUCCACAUGGUGUGGCUUGUUCUACAGCCCCUGUGGUGCAGCCUCCUCAACAGCAGAGUCACAUGUCCGGCUCGGUGCGGCCCGUCAUGGUGGCCGUGGACUCCAACCUUCGUCCGCACGUCACGUUGCAGACGUCGUUUGCUCCCACAGCACACAGCAGCAGUGGUGGGGAAAGUGUGGCAUCCACCACGAUGUCCACCCUGGUGGCCCCGUCUGCUUCGUACACGACCCCGUCCAAUCUGCUCUCCCCCACGCAUGGCGCCACACCUCCCAACCACAACACCUCGCCCAGGCCCAGCAUUCUCAGGAAGAGAACUUUUGAAGGCAUGAGUGGCAACGUGAAGAAGAACCUCUUGGCUUCGCUGCCCGGGUCGGAACCGGCUAGUCCUCACCCAGAAGUGGUAUCAGCGCCCUCUACGCUGUCCCCCAAAGCGGGAAGUGAUUCCCAGCAAGAGAGCAGCAACAGCAGCCAGUCUAGCAACAACACACCCGAGAACAGCCGACAGCCCACGCCCGCCGUUACAAUCAAGCAGGAGCCUGUAGAUACAUGCGAGGGCUCAGGUCUCGUACUAAAUGGAAGCCCAGCGUCUUUACCCAUGCCGACCGUCGAAGCAUCCCCCCGUAAGAAACCACGAAAACAACUCCUAUCUGCAAACGAGCUGUUGGACACCCACUCGACGGACGGCGAGGACGAAAUGGAUUCCAAAGAAGCGAUACUCAAGGAGAAAGAUGAUGAGAUGAGAUGCAUUACUUUCUGCAAACGUCCGGCCAUGUCGCUGCUGACAACCUAUUCGCACAGCUGGAAGUCUCGGCACAAUCACUUUGCACGCCACUCUGACGUUAAGCCUAAAGAUGACAAGAAGCUGACUGUGAAUGACCUAGCCAACCAGAAAGGAGUGCUCCAAAAGGCCAAUGGCUGGAAGGUGUUUCACUUGACUUCACAGAUGGAAGAAGUGUUCUUUCUUGAGGACACUGUGUAUGGAAAGCUUUCCCAACUGUUGGACUUCAUCGAGAACAAACCUCCGGCCAUCCAGAGCAAGCCUCUCAAUCCUGAUGAAGAGAGAAUACUCAGCAAAAUAAGCGACCUCGUUAAGGGCAACCUGCAGAGAAGCAAGAUAGUGCAGGACCAAGUGACGGAAGCCAAGCAACAGAUGCACAAGGUCCUGGAACAUAAGCCUCGCAUCGUCGAAAUCAUCGGCAAGUAUGUGAGUAAACGACCGCUCAAGAAACGAGAGAAGAUGUGAGACGGGAUUAUCUUUUUUAAAAAGCCUCUUGUACACUACCAUUUCUCACUGUAUCAUAUAUAUAUGUGUGUUUGGACAAAGACGCUGUAAAUGAAACUGGUGUGCUUACGCAUUA